CUCGCACCGCCUCGACCUCUGCAGCUGCUCACCCGCUGAGCCUGCCACGCGAGCUACACCAGCACCACCGCCAUGCCCGUCUACAAGCACGUCGCCGCCUCGCAGAAGCGUUCCAAGCGCAAGGCCGAGCAGCUCCUCUCGGACGAGGAGGACGACCUCUCGGCCUCGGACAACAGCGACGCGUCCCAGGACGAGGCCGACACCGACAGCGGCUCGGACCAGACCGACUCGGACGACGACGACAGCGCAGACGAGGACGACGGCCUCGGCGGCGUCGACGAUGUGCUCGGCGAGGACGACCCGCGCCCGCCGCCCAAGGGCUUCCCGAACGCGCUCGAGGCCCUCGAGAACCAGGUCGUGUCGUCUGCGCUCCUCGUGGCGGCGGCCGCUGGCGGCGAGAGCGGCGACGAGGCGGCCAAGGGCGGUGCCGACGGCGACGACGAGGACGACGAGGAGCUGCCGCUCAUCUGCGUCGUGUGCCCCAACAAGGUGCUCAAGAAGGGCAAGAUGACCGACGUCCACCUCGCGUCAAAGGACCACAAGCGCCGUUUCGCCCGCUUCUCGGCCCACGUCCAGGCCGACGACUUCCCGCCCGAGUUUGCCCUGAGCGACGCACGCUGGGUAUCGAGCCAGCUCGACAAGGCCGUCAUCGAGCGCCUCUCGAUGCAGACGCUCGUCGGCGGCAAGAAGGCCGGCACGGCGACGGCACCGGCGGCAGUCGAGGAGAAGAAGGAGGCGGUCAAGCAGCCAGAGACGCCGGCCAAGAAGGGCAAGGGCAAGGAGAAGGCGACCACGCCGGCCGCCGCCGCCGCCGCAUCGACGGCCGCGCCCUCGAGCGCCGCCGAUACGCCCGCAAAGGCGUCGAACGCGGCGCGCAAGGCCGAGGCGGUCGCGGCGGCCGAGAAGGAGGGCAUCUCGGUGCGCGAGCAGCUGCGGCGGGCCAAGAAGGAGAAGGAGGCCAAGCGGGCGCAGCGCAAGAAGGAGAAGAACGAGCGGGUGAAGCGGCGCAAGCUUGAGAAGGGCGAGGAGAUCCCUGCCCGACCGCCGACAAAGCGUUUCGUCGAGAAGAUCAAGCCGACCGAGGACGAGAUCGCGGCGCGGCAAGCGUGGAAGAAGGCGCGCGACGAGGCCAAGGCGGCAGGGCAGCCAGUCCCGCCUCGGCCCGUCCUCGCGUACGAGCACGGCGGCAAGGCGCCCGCACGGCUCGUCAAGCAGCACGCGCAGAAGAAGGAGGCGUUCGAGGCCAAGGUGCAGGGCGGCGGCGGCGGCGAGACGAGGAAGAGGGAGCGCAAGGAGCGGAGGAAGGACAAGGCGUCGGCGGCGGCGGCCAAGGGCGACGAGGUGCUGGCCGAGGUGUAGCUCGAGUGUGUCGGUGCCAGUCCCACUUGCGUUGCUUCUC